UAUGUGUGUGUUUCUCCUCAGAGGACCAGUGUCGGAAAAGCCAGAUGAAAGCCUCUUCUUUGUAGAUACCAGCAACGAACAACAAGGUCCGAAAGAGCAAGCAGCCAAAGAGAAACCUCUGAAGAUUGACUUGAUCCUACAGCCAGAUUCCAAGGUCCCUCCGCCCAAAGACAUCCUUUCUUAUCAGGUCCCCAACGGCCGGAAGUUGAAACGGAAACAGCGACUCUGGGAGAAGCUGGCAGAAAAGGGGUUGGUGCCCCGAAAAGAACGGCUCCUUCAGCAAAGGUUACAAAACCCUCCCAAAGCCAACAUAGCCGGAGCAGACAGCGGGACUGAUCCCUCUAGGGACUUCUAUGACAUUUGGGCAGAUUCAAACCCCCUUGAUAAAGCCCUGGCUGGGCAGGACGCCUUUUUCCUAGAACAAACCAAGAAGCAGCCCAUGAAGCGUCCCGACAGGCUGAAGAAGACCCCAUCCGAGCUGCCCGCCAUGGAGAUCAUCUCCCCGGGAGGAUCUUACAAUCCCAGCUUCCAGUCUCACCAGGCAUUGCUCCUCCAGGCCUUUGAAGCCGAGCUGGUGAGGCAGAAGGCAGAGGAGAGGCUGCAGCGUCAGUUGAAUUUCCCCACCGCCGCUGAGGCCCCCACCCAGGAGUCGGUGUUUCGGGAGCAGUGCGAGGGCCUCAUGGAAGAGGACUCGGAGGGCGAGGAAGGGCAGGGCAGCCCACCCAGGCCGCCAGAGGAGGAUCUGCAGGCAGCCUCCGGCGAGGCCUCCCGUCUCCUCACAGCAACGGCGGUCCGAGAAAAGAAAACAGAACAGCAACGCAAGAAAGAAAAAGCCGCCAAGCAGUUGAAAGCCCGCCAGGUCUCCGAGAAGGCCGCCCGGCUCAGGAAACAGGAGAUCUUUCAGUUGAAAUCCAUCCGGCUGCAGCUGAAGCAGCGGGAGGCCGAGCUGCAACGCCGGAAGCAGCGGCGCGAAGCCAAGCGGAAACUGGAGGCCGUCCAGCCCAAGCGGCUGGGCAGGCUCAAGUACGAAGAACCCGAUGUGGACGUGCAGCUGAGCAGUGAACUGGCGGAAUCCUUGAGGACGCUAAGGCCGGAAGGCAGCAUCCUGAAGGACCGCUUCAAGAGCUUGCAGAAGCGCAACAUCAUCGAACCCCGAGAGCGGGCCAAGUUCAAAAGGAAAUACCGACUGAAAUACGUCGAAAAGCGAGCUUUCCGGGAAAUCACAUUAUAGAAGCGCAAAAAUUAGCAUCCCGAGAUCUCCCACGUGUUUCAUUAAAACGCCGCAAACCAA